CCCGGAUGCGGAAGCAGCUCGGUGCAGCCGCUGUAGCUCGUGGACCCGCCCCCGGCCGGGCUGGAGGCAGCGCCGGGACACGCGGAGCUGGGCAGGGAGACAAGAUGCCAUCCACACUCUUAACUUGGAGCAGCUGAGGAGUCCCGUUGUUCAGGAUGAGAACCAACAAGGUCUACAAGCUUGUCAUACACAAGAAGGGCUUCGGGGGCAGUGAUGAUGAACUGAUGGUGAACCCCAAAGUGUUUCUUCAGAUCAAACUGGGAGAUGUGGUGGAGAUUGCACACCCCAAUGAUGAGUACAGCCCCCUGCUGCUGCAAGUGAAGUCUUUAAAGGAAGAUUUGCAGAAAGAAACUAUAAGUGUGGAUCAGACUGUUGCUCAGGUAUUCCGACUGAGACCAUACCAGGAUGUCCAUGUGAAUGUUGUGGACCCGAAGGAUGUGACCCUUGACCUGGUGGAGCUUACCUUUAAGGAUCAGUACAUUGGGCGUGGGGAUAUGUGGCGACUGAAGAAGAGCUUGGUCAGCACAUGUGCCUACAUCACUCAAAAGGUGGAAUUUGCUGGGAUACGGGCACAGGCUGGUGAGCUGUGGGUUAAGAGUGAGAAGGUCACAUGUGGGUACAUCAGUGAGGAUACACGGGUGGUGUUCCGCUCAACUUCAGCCAUGGUUUAUAUCUUUAUCCAGAUGAGCUGUGAAAUGUGGGAUUUUGACAUCUAUGGGGACCUGUACUUUGAGAAAGCUGUGAAUGGUUUCCUUUCUGAUCUCUUCACCAAAUGGAAGGAGAAGAACUGCAGCCAUGAAGUGACAGUGGUUCUAUUUUCUAGAACUUUUUAUGAUGCAAAAUCAAUAGAUGAGUUUCCUGAGAUACAUCGUGCCUCAAUUCGGCAGGAUCAUGAGGGAAGAUUUUAUGAAGACUUCUACAAGGUUGUGGUUCAGAAUGAGAGACGAGAAGAGUGGACAUCAUUGCUUGUGACUAUUAAAAAACUCUUCAUCCAAUAUCCUGUGCUGGUGCGGCUGGAGCAGGCAGAGGGCUUCCCUCCAGGUUACAAUUCUACUUCAGCACAAGGGAACUACCUGGAGGCCAUAAAUCUUUCUUUCAAUGUGUUUGACAAGCAUUACAUAAACCGGAACUUUGACCGGACUGGACAGAUGUCUGUGGUUAUCACACCUGGGGUGGGUGUGUUUGAAGUGGACCGGCUUCUUAUGAUCCUGACCAAGCAGCGAAUGAUAGACAAUGGUAUUGGUGUGGACUUGGUAUGUAUGGGGGAGCAACCGCUGCAUGCUGUACCACUCUUUAAGCUUCACAAUCGCAGUUGUCCUGGAGAUUCUCGCUUGGGAGAUGACUACAAUAUUCCACACUGGAUAAACCACAGUUUCUACACAUCCAAAAGCCAGCUUCUGUGUAACAGUUUCACUCCACGGAUCAAGCUGGCAGGAAAGAAGCCACUGAUUGAGAGGGCGAAAAACAGCAGAGACUCCUCAUUAGGGGCACCUAAGGAUGCUGAGAAUGCCCUUCCCAUCCAACUUGAUUAUGAUGGCUAUGAUGCCCAAGUGUUCAGGCUUCCUGGUCCAUCCAGAGCUCAGCGCUGUACCACUUUCAGCAGGUCUGUAAGGGAGAGAGAGAGUCGCACCAGGAAGAGCUCUAGUUCUUACGAUGUCUCAUCGAGCCCUUCCCUGCAGAGUCGCACUCUGCCCCCAGAGGAGGUGAGGAGCCAGGCUUCUGAUGACAGCUCCCUGGGCAAGAUCUCCAACAUCCUAAUGAUCCCACGACUUCAUCUGCAUCAAUAUGAAGUCAGCAGCUCCUUGGGCUACACCAGCACCAGAGAUGUUCUUGAGAAUAUGCUGGAGUCACAGCAGCGAGACUCCAGCGCGCCAGGGAGGUUCCAUGUAGGCAGCGCGGAAUCCAUGCUGCACAUUCGGCCUGGUGGAUAUACACCACAGCGUGCGUUAAUAAACCCCUUUGCGCCCUCUCGCAUGCCCAUGAAGCUUACAUCCAACAGGAGGCGCUGGAUGCACACAUUUCCUGUGGGUCCAUCGGGAGAAGCAAUCCAGAUCCACCACCAGACUCGCCAGAACAUGGCAGAAAUGCAGGGCAACGGGCAGCGGGAUUUGACUCACUCCUCUGCUGAACUGCUGGAGCUUGCUUACCACGAGGCAACUGGCAGGCAUAUCACUUCUCGUCAUCCAGGUGACAGCAUCUCCUGCUUAACCUUUGGUGGAGCAGAGGAGUUCUCAAACAGUUUGGUCAACAGCAACAAUGCAGGGAUGAACCUCCGGACCCAAAACAAGGAUACUGUGGAAGAUGCUGUUUCCACUUCUCCAGAUCCGAUUCUGACGCUGUCUGCUCCCCCCGUAGUGCCAGGCUUCUGUUGUACAGUUGGGGUGGACUGGAAAUCUCUCACUACUCCGGCAUGCCUCCCUCUUACCACGGACUACUUCCCGGACCGCCAGAGUUUGCAGAAUGACUACACUGAGGGCUGCUAUGAUCUGCUCCCAGAAGCUGACAUUGACAGGAGGGAUGAGGAAGGAGUGCAGAUGACAGCCCAGCAGGUAUUCGAGGAGUUCAUUUGCCAGCGUCUCAUGCAAGGAUAUCAAAUUAUUGUGCAACCCAAACCACAGAAACCAACUACCACUGUACCACCCCCUCUCAGCAGCAGCCCCCUCUACAGCCGAGGCCUUGUAUCACGAAAUCGACCUGAGGAAGAAGACCAGUACUGGCUGAGCAUGGGCCGCACUUUCCACAAAGUGACCCUAAAGGACAAAAUCAUUACUGUCACUCGAUACCUUCCAAAGUAUCCAUAUGAAUCUGCUCAAAUAAACUACACAUACAGUUUGUGCCCUUCCCACUUGGACUCUGAAUUUGUUUUCUGCUGGGUAGAGUUCUCCCAUGAACGGUUAGAAGAAUACAAAUGGAAUUACCUGGAUCAGUAUAUCUGCUCUGCUGGCUCUGAGGACUUCAGUCUUAUUGAGUCGCUGAAAUUCUGGAGGACACGGUUCCUGCUGCUUCCAGCCUGUAUAACUGCCACAAAGCGCAUUAUGGAAGGCGAAGUCCACUGUGAUGUAUAUGGAGACAAGCCCCGCUCUGAUGAGGAGGAAUGGCAACUCUUGGAUGGCUUCAUCCGCUUUGUGGAGGGUUUGAAUCGUAUUCGUCGGCGUCACCGAUCAGACCGAAUGAUCAGAAAAGGAGCAGCCAUGAAGGGUUUGCAGAUGGCUGGUCCAAUUUCCACCCACUCUCUGGAGCAGCCUGGACCUCCUAUUGGGAAGAAAGGAACCUCAGCGCUGUCUGCCCUGCUGGAGAUGGAAGCCAGUCAGAAGACAUUGGGGGAGCAGCAAGCAGCAAUGCUUGCUGGGAAGAGCUCUGCACAACCUACUGAGAGUGGGAGCAUUGCCAUCACACCCACCUACAUGGACAGCCCUCGCAAGGAUGGGGCCUUCUUUAUGGAGUUUGUUCGCAGCCCACGCACAGCUUCAGCCUUCUAUCCACAGGUGUCUGUAGAUCAAACAGCUCCUGCUACCUUAGAUGGCAGCACAGGCCAAUCAGCUGAGAGGGGCAGCGCCCAGGCCCUAGGAAGUUCCCAGAGUAUAGGAGACCAAGGAUAUGCUACAACUGGUUCAGCCGAGAACAGCUCCCAGCAGUGUUCUGUGAACUCACUAACUUCUUCAUCCACUCUGAUUGAAAUUCUUGAAGCCAUGAAGCAUCCCACUACAGGGAUACAGCUGCUGUCUGAACAGAAAGGCCUCUCCCCAUACUCCUUCAUCAGUGCUGAAGUCGUCCAUUGGCUUGUGAACAAUGUGGAAGGAGUGCAGACUCAGGCAAUGGCUAUUGAUAUCAUGCAGAAAAUGCUGGAUGAGCAGUUGAUUGUCCAUGCUUCUGGAGAGGCCUUGCGCACCUUCAUCUAUGGGUUUUAUUUUUACAAGAUUGUCGUUGAUAAGGACCCAGACAGAGUAGGUAUGCAGCAGCCUCCCAUGUGGCACACAGCAGCAAUGGAUGACUUCUCUGCCUUCCAGAGGAAAUGGUUUGAGGUGGCAUUUGUGGCAGAAGAACUCUUGCACUCAGAAAUCCCAGCAUUCCUCCUACCUUGGCUUCCCAGCCGUCCAGCCUCCUAUGCAAGUAGGCACAGUUCCUUUAGCCGCAGUUUCGGAGGACGGAGCCAGGCAGCUGCACUAUUAGCUGCUACAGUGCCUGAACAACGCACAGUGACACUGGAUGUCGAUGUGAAUAACCGCACUGACCGCUUGGAGUGGUGCAGCUGUUAUUACCAUGGCAAUUUCUCCUUGAAUGCUGCCUUCGAGAUCAAAUUACAUUGGAUGGCAGUGACAGCAGCAGUCCUUUUUGAGAUGGUUCAGGGUUGGCAUCGGAAAGCCACAUCCUGUGGCUUCUUGCUGGUUCCAGUCCUAGAGGGUCCAUUUGCAUUGCCCAGUUACCUGUAUGGAGACCCACUCCGAGCACAGCUGUUCAUCCCACUUAAUGUUAGCUGCUUGCUAAAGGAGGGCAGUGAACAUCUGUUUGACGGUUUUGAACCUGAAACUUACUGGGAUCGCAUGCAUCUACUCCAGGAGGCAAUUGCAUACAGAUUUGGAUUUGUGCAGGAUAAAUACUCAGCCUCUGCAUUCAACUUCCCAGCUGAGAACAAGCCCCAAUACAUCCAUGUCACGGGGACCGUGUUUCUGCAGCUGCCUUACUCCAAGCGGAAAUUCUCUGGGCAGCAGCGACGGCGGCGCAACUCCACCAGCUCAGCCAACCAGAACAUGUUCUGUGAGGAGCGCGUAGGAUACAACUGGGCCUACAAUAGCAUGCUGACCAAAACAUGGAGGUCCAGCGCCACUGGGGAUGAGAAGUUCGCUGAUCGGUUGCUGAAGGACUUCACGGACUUCUGUUGGAACAAAGACAACCGGCUUGUCCAGUUCUGGACAGACUGUCUAGAUAAGAUGCAUGCUAGUGCACCCUGAGACCAGAGUGUGCCCGUAAGAGAAAAGUAAUGGCUUGGUCAAGUGGUAAAGAGCUAGAUGCAGAGAAGCCGGAAAGCGCUUCUAUUAGGAUGAAGUAAUGCUGAAACCCAGAGGGGCCUGACUAGUAUUUGCUGUUGAUAUUCAACAGAUGAUUGGGCUCUUGGGAGAGUAAGUUGGGAUCUUGUCUCUUCAAUAUUCAUCAGCUGGAGAGAGUCCCUCUUGCUUCAAGUAGGUGCAGCUCCUGCUUCACAAAACUCCAGCUAAAUGGAGCAGAGGCAAACACUAUGGGAGCACCGGUCAUUUGAAGCAAGCGUCACAGGGAAGGGUUGUGAUCCACGUUUGCUCUGUGAAAAUGAUUAGGGACUGUAAGUCUGCGGUAUUCCUGGCAAAACCCUGCCCUUGUCCUCUUUGGUGUGAACAUAGUUGUGUGCAUAUGUAAGAUAAAAUGUACAGUACGCUUAUG